AGCGACGCGCUUGGGUGCUGGCCGAAUACCGCGCUGUAUUAACCUUGUGUAGUACUACGCCUGACGCCCCAUCUUGUGGUAUCGGGUCAUUCUCUUUCUGUUGACAGCGCAAUACAUGCUUUCGAGCGAGAACUGCUUCCCUACCUGAUGCGCGGAGGUUUUGGACGGUACCGCUACGAGCGGCCCCAACCUGGUCUGCAAAUCCACUCCUACGAGGACGCGCUCUACCCACCUCGGGCCUACCGAUACCACAUCCAACAAGCGGCUGCCCCGGCCGUGGCAACGCGCGGCGCGAGUCACCUCGGAAGUGGCGGUGCCGAGGUGACCACCACCGCCAUCGUUCUGCCCACCAUCGACGCUGAUGCGGCGUGCGGGCCGUUUUUGAAGAGCAGCACCAGCAACGUGGCCACGGGCAAUGCAUCUGCCGUGUCAGCCCCCUCCUCCUCAUCCUCUCUCGGCUACCUCGGCCGUUCCACCACCGCCUCAGCGUCAAACAGCGCGGCGGGGAUUGGUGUUCACUCAGUGGAAGUGGAGCGCCGCCCACCGCCGCGGCUGCGGUACUUCUUCGACUGCUUUGUACCGGAUGAAGACGGCGCAGACGUGCAGUCGAUGGUGGAGGUGUGCCGGCAUGCGGAGCUGCUGAAUCCGUUUCACUACCGUGAGUUGUGGGGCGGCAUGGACGGCGCGGUGGCGAUGGCGUCUGCCACGGCGGAAGCCACCAGCGUCAUCGCAGGCACUGUGAAGGCGGAACCAGAACGAGAAGAAGAGGAGGGCGGCACGCCGUUGAAUGGCCGGGGCACCGACGCUUCCGACGCAUUGCGGCCCCCCGAGCACGCUGUCAAGCACGCAGCGAAGGUGGCAAAGACAUCCACCGCGACCACCCGCGCCGCACAACACGCCCUCCAGCGCACCCUCGCCGCGUUGGGUGUACCUGCGGAGUUGAGCUCCAUGGUGCUGCUCGCCGCCCGCGUCCCACCCGGCGGGCGUCUCACUCGCAAGCAGGAGAAGCUGCUGCGAUUGCGCCAUCAGCGCCGCCCCGCCCCGCCACGGCCAAUACGCCGCGGCGCGAAGGUCUUCCUGCCCGCCCACGUCCUCUUGGCGACCAGCGGUGGUGGGGGCGUGGGGGCGGAGGUGUACGGUCUCGACGGUGUAGAGGCGACGGGCGGGCUGAUCGAUGUGACGGCUGCGGGGCCGCGUGUGCUCCGUGUGAAGCGGGCCGCAGCAGCGGCGGCGCACCAACGCGGCGGGGUGUUUGGCGCGGUUGAUGGCGGCCUGACUGGCGACGACCACUCGCGUGGUGGUGGCCGGGCGGCUGCCGCCUCGACGCUGUUGAGCGGCUCUGCCUUUGACGAUGACGAUGACGAGGAAGAGAAGAGCACGAUGGGCCGCGGCGGUCGCCGGGCUGGCGGGAAGCACGGCCGCGGUGGCGGAGGCGACGAGGAGGAGGGCGGCGUGGAUGAGGGCGACAUCCCGCUAAUUGCGUCCGGGCGGUGGGGUCCGCUGGGAAGUGCAGGGACUGCUGGUGGAAACGGCGCUGGUGUGAUUGCUGUGGGGCAGCUGGACGAGGAGGGGGAAGAGGACAGUGAUGAGGAGGAUGACCUGUCCACUGGUAUGGCGGACGACGACGACGAUGACGCGAACUUCAGCAGCGACGGCGGCGAUGACAACGACAGCUUCGGCGGCGGCGGUGGGGAUGACGGCAACGAUGGCUAUUAA